UCCCCCCGUGCCAAAAUCCUCAAGCUACCCGAAAUCACCCGAGCACGGAGGUCAAGCGAGUCUGACGACAUGGAAAGCGACGGAGGCGUUCCUGAGAUACGGCCCCGAUCGGCCGAGUCCUCCCCCACCUCCGAGGCAAACUCGAAGGAGCCCAAGCGCAACCCCUUCCACAUGCCCUCGGAUGUGGAGGUCUUUGCGAUGCGUGAGGAGGAGCGAAAGACAAAGCAGAUGGCAAAGGAGAAAAUGAAGCACAUGAAGAUAUACGAAAAGAAUGUGGUUCAGCGCAAAAACUUCAAGGACUUGCUCGCCGAAGAAGAUGACGACAUUGAGUUCUACGACAAGCUCAGGAAGCGGGACUCUGACAAGAUUCUCACCAACCGGCAGACGCGAGCCGAGCGCAACUUUGGUAAGGAGAACCUGCACGAUUUUAUCGCCAAGAAGCGCGAGAUGUUUCUUGUGCAGUACGCCCUCGGGGUCAAGCGAGAAGAGAUGCGAAAGCUGGAGGAGAUUGCCCAAACGGAGGAACAGAAGCUGCUGGACGACGAGAAGGCGCUGGAAGAAGAUGCAGCCAAGUUUGAUGCCUUUCUCAAAGAAAACGACAAAAACUCUGUCGAGGCGAUCAAAAAAGCCGAACUCGAGACCAAGGCCAAACUCGAAAAAAUCCAAGAGAUCAAGAAGCUGAACGUUCAGAUCAUGACAAUCCGCAGCGACAUGUCCAAGAACGAGGAUCAGCUCAAGGACCUGCAGCGAUACAAGCAGUUCCUCGACAAGGUGACACCACCCGAGUUUUUUGAGGAGAAGCAGAAGAAGGUAUGCCCGGGUGUGUUGGCAGCGCAGAUCUUUGCUGACCUGUGCUUGCUUGAAGCAGGGAAGAGCCUCAAGGCUACGGGCGAUGCUGAGAAACGAGGUGGCCCACACCGAGGCAAAACUCCAGUCAAAGCCACACCCAACCGCAAGCCGACAACCGCCGCCUCGCAGCGAGAGGAGGAGGAUGCAGACGACGCCAAUGCCGACGGUGACGAGGAAGAGGAGCUCUGGAACGAUGACGAAGAGGCGCUGCUGUUCUUCAAAAACGCCCAACAGCUCCUCGACAUCUUUGCGGAGCUGGAGGAAAACAACCUCGCCUUGAUCCAGAACUGUCAAGAAACAGAAGAAGCGCUCGAGGAGCUCCGACAAAAGAUUGUCGAGACCGAGAUUCGCAUGUCAGAAGAGACGCAGAGCCUGAAGCAGCAGAUUGAGUUCCUGAACGCAGCCAUCUCCCGCGAAGAGGACAAGGCCAGCUCACUCGAGGAGCGCUCAAAGCUCUUUUCGUCUGGGGCCGUCGGUGGCGAGUCGCAAGAGAAGCUGCUCGAUGAGCUGAAUCACAAGGUCAAGGACGUUUACCGCAAGUGCAUCGGCGACAACGACGCCAACUUGAGCACACUGCAGAUGCUGACCAACCUCGAGAACAGGCUGGAGCAGCUCUUUGAGAUGAUCGAGAUGAUGCCUCCCGAGAAAGUCGAGCAAGCUGAAAAGAUGAAAGACAAGGAGCGAAGACAGCGGCUGCGAGAGGAAAAAAUGGACGCACAGAGGAUCCUGCAGGAAGAGCGAGUCCAGCGGGCUCUCGAACGUGCGCGAGCACCGGUGAAGAAGAAGACAGGCAAGCCCGUUGUCUUUCGCUCGGCACCGCCGCAGAAGAAGAAGAAGAAGGAAGAAGAUACAAAGAAGAAGGAAGAAGAGGAUAUGGAGUACUAUUGGACAUGAUGGGCCAUCGGCACCGAUACAGCAGGGCUCACGGCUGGAUCGGCAGCAGUGGCAGCAUCCCGGCCUCGCCUGGAUGUGCAGGAGCCGGUGGAUUGUGUGCAAGAGCGGGCCUGUUGCUUGGAGAUCUGGAUGCUGGUCUGCGUUUCAUGUGGUCUGUGGCUGCCCACCCCGAAUACCCAUGCACAAUCGGCCAUGCGCAACCGCCCUGCAAUAUCAUGAUGUUUGAUCCCGUCCUACGGAAGAGGAGAGAGGCCGAUCUGGGCGACUCGGUGGCCGCAGGCACAGGAUCUGCUGCAUCUCGAUGGCC